GUAUCUUCUUGCAGGCUGGCUGGAGGGUGGAGACUGUGGCAGCGGCAGGCGAGGAGAGGGAGGCAGGGAGGAUCUCAGCCAGGGAGAGCAGGGAAGAGCAGGACAGCGUGGAUGUAAGCUCGACUCCACUGGACUGGAUGCGUUUUGGCUCCACAUCGGGACAAGAUCUAAAGGAGUCAACAGAUAAAAAUCUUGGAUGUUUCUUCGAGUCUCUGGGACUGUUUCAAGUGGUGUUAUCCAGUGUGGACCGAGCUCGACGCGCUGAUUUGAGCUGCAGACACUGAGGCGGAGCGCGGCGGCGUGAGCGGACGAGACCGUGCCCAUGGCGAGCAAUAACACGGCCAGCAUCGCACAAGCCAGGAAGCUGGUGGAGCAGCUCAAGAUGGAGGCCAACAUCGACAGGAUAAAGGUGUCGAAAGCAGCGGCAGACCUGAUGUCUUACUGCGAAGCGCACGCCAAAGGGGACCCGCUGCUCUCGCCGGUUCCCGCCUCGGAGAACCCCUUCCGGGAGAAGAAGUUCUUCUGCGCCAUCUUGUAAAAAAAGAAAUACAGAAAAUAAAAGGCAACGCCACCGACACCGUGCGUGGGAAAUUUGGAGGCGUGUGUGUGUGUGUGUGUGGAGUGGGGGGGUUCGAAAUGUUCUUGAAUCUCAUCCAUGGAUGGGAAGCGUCGAAGGGAGUUUGUGGUUUUUGUUCAUUUGUUUAGAGGUGUGUGUGUGUGUGUGUGUGCGUGUGUGCGUGUGUUCGACUGUCACAAGGUAGGACUACAAGAUAAACUUCUCUCCCUCUGCUAGACGCCACCUGAUGGCCGAAACGCUCAUUUAAGUGGUUCCUCUUACCUGGAUAUAUCUUUCUAUAACUCUGUGUUGUUGUUUUUUUUUUAUUAUUAUUAUUAAUUUUUUUAACCCAUAAAGCUAGUGACAGUGGGUUGUUUUGGAACACUCGAUGGUGUGGUCUUAUUUUCGACAUACAGUACUGAGUAAAUUUAGAGGGGGGGGGGGGGGGGGGGGUGUCUAUGGGACAUUCUGUUUUUCCUUUCCCAACACCGAAAUCUUCUUUUUACUCUUUGUACAAAAACAAAAAUGAUAUGCGAGUAAAACUGUGAUGUGCUGGAAUCUGUGGUCUUCUGCUUCUUUUUGUGACUGCAUAACAUACAAGUACUAAAAUAAUAAAAUACUACAAAUAAGUUACAAAAUAAAUAGCGACAUGUUGACCGUUACAACUAA